AACAGUUAAAAAUAUAUUUCCAAAAACUAUUGUUAACAUAUUGUUAAAUUUUGUAGCACGUAGAGCAUUCUAAACAAUGAGGAAAAAUUCUGCAACAAAUAUAGAGAAAACUGAAUCGGAAUAUGAAGAUGUGGAUACAGAUGAUUCGGCUAGCAGCGAUUCGAGUCGAAUAGUUAACGUGCAUCGCAAUGUUAAAACAACUGAGAAUCGGAGGCGCAGUGCACAGGAAUUGGUUUUCAUAGGUCUCUCAUAUAUUCUAAUGCUGAUCACGUUUCCGGUAUCGAUAUUCAUGUGCCUGGUCAUCCUGCAGGAGUACCAACGAGCGGUUAUCCUGCGCCUGGGUCGCCUUCGAGCCGGUGGAGCACGUGGUCCCGGCGUCGUCUUUGUGCUGCCCUGUGUGGAUACGUAUACGAAAGUGGACUUGCGCACCACGUCGCUGAAUGUACCGCCGCAGGAUAUAUUGACCAAGGACUCGGUGACGAUCAGUGUCGACGCUGUCGUCUACUACAGAAUCAAAAAUCCCCUCGAUGUCGUCUUGCAGGUGAUGGAUCAUGCGUCCUGCUGCAAAUUGCUGGCAAUGACAACGCUCAGGAAUGUAACGGGCAGCUAUAUGCUUAUCGAGCUUGUUUCCUCCAAAAAAACUCUAUCACGAAAAAUCAAGGGCGCUCUGGAUAGCAGUGGCGCCACCGAACCCUGGGGCAUACGCGUCGAGCGUGUCGAAAUUCACGCUUCUAGCACUGAUAUUUACAUGCCCGAGUCCCUGCAACGUGCCAUGGCCGUGGAGCAGGAGGCACGUCGCGAAGCAAUGGCCAAGGUGGCUGCUGCAAAUGGGGAACGGGAUGCGGUGAAGGCACUCAAAGAGGCAGCCGACAUUAUGGAAAUGAAUCCCAUAGCGCUACAGCUGCGUUAUCUGCAAACUCUCAACUCGAUUUGCAACGAUGAAACCGAGUCCAUCGUCUUCCCCUUUCCAGUUGAUAUUAUAAAAAAAUUAAUGAAAUGAAUAAAUUUCCGUAUCUCCAAAUAAUUUAGUAAA